UAAAUUUCCCGUUUCUGAAUGAAAUGAUGUCCUCGAGGAUAAAACGUCACAGAACGCGUCCCAGACUCGGGAUUCAUCGGAAGUCCUCGUCUUUUCCCGGCGCACUCCAGUCAUUUAGCUAGCCAAACUGAUUAGCUUGCUACCGCACAGCUAAUGUUUGUAGAAAACCCAACGUUAGCCGAACUGGACCGGAUGAAAGAUGGCGGACAUAACGGGACAAAUAAUUAGUCCCUCGGUCCCUCCGUUGCCUCAACCUUCCUCCCGUAAAGGCUCCGGUAGCGGUAACGUCACACCGGACACCGGCGGCAGCUGCUGGCAGACAACACCGACCACCGUUACUUCGGGCCCGAGGCUAGUUCGGAUAGUGAAGUCCGACUCAGGCUACGGCUUCAAUGUUCGGGGGCAGGUUAGUGAAGGAGGGCAGCUGCGGAGCAUCAACGGGGAGCUGUACGCACCUCUGCAGCACGUCAGUGCGGUCCUACCGGGGGGCGCCGCAGACAGAGCCGGCGUCUCCAAGGGGGACCGGAUCCUUGAAGUCAACGGGGUGAACGUCGAGGGGGCCACGCACAAGCAGGUGGUGGAUCUGAUCCGGGCGGGUGAGAAGGAGCUGGUUCUGGCCGUGCUGUCCGUCCCGCCGCAGGAGGCCGACUGCCUGGAUCCCGGUGACGACGGGUCGGCCCUGUCCUGCUACGACUACUCCGACAAGCAGGCCGUCCCCAUCUCCAUCCCCAGCUACAAACACACCGAGCUCGGCAGUGAGAAGUUCGUGGUUUACAACGUGUACAUGGCAGGCAGGCAGCUGUGCUCCAAGCGUUACAGAGAGUUUGUCGUCCUGCACCAGAACCUGAAGAGAGAGUUUUCCAAUUUUACCUUCCCCAAGCUGCCCGGAAAGUGGCCGUUUUCACUGUCGGAGCAGCAGCUGGACGCCCGGCGCCGAGGCCUGGAGGAAUACCUGGAGAAAGUGUGCUCGGUGCGGAUAGUUGGAGAAAGUGACAUCAUGCAGGAGUUCUUAUCUGAUUCGGACGAGAACUAUAACGGCGUGUCAGACGUGGAGUUGAGAAUAGCCAUGCCCGAUAAAACCACGCUCACUGUCAGAGUCUGCAAAAACUCCACCACGGACCAGGUUUACCAGGCGGUGGUCAUGAAACUAGGAACAGACGGUGUAACGGCCAGCUGCUUCGCUCUGUUUGAGGUCAUCAACCACACAUUUGUUCGUAAACUCGCCCCCAACGAGUUCCCCCACAAACUGUACAUCCAGAACUAUACCUCAGCCAUCCCGGGAACCUGCCUUACUCUGCGCAAGUGGCUCUUUACCACAGAAGAAGAGAUUCUGCUCAACGACAACCAGCUCGCCGUCAGCUUCUUCUUUCACCAGGCGGUUGAUGAUGCGAAGAAGAACUUCAUCAAAGUUGAGGAGAAGUCUUAUCAGCUACAGAAGCUGGCAGAGCAGAAGAAGAUGUCUUUGUACCUGAGCUUGUUGAGAAGUUGCGAGGGCUACAACGAGAUCCUCUUCCCUCACUGCUCCUGCGACUCCAGGCGUAAAGGUCAUGUGAUCACAGCCAUCAGCAUCCACAACUUCAAGCUGCACGCCUGCACAGAGGAAGGCACACUUGAGAACCAGGUGAUCGCAUUCGACUGGGGGGAGAUGCAGCGGUGGGACUCGGACAAGGAGGGCGGGGCUUUCUGCUUCGAAUACGCACGAGGAGAGAAAAAGCCACGCUGGGUGAAGAUUUUCACACCUUACUUUAACUACAUGCACGAGUGCUUUGAGAGAGUCUUCUGUGAGCUGAGGUGGAGGAAGGAGGUAAGAGGGGUCCGCCGUCAGAAGCCUUGUCCUCGUCUUCCGCGUUUGAAGUGUCCGUUUGCGUUUGCAGGUGGAAGAAGAGGCGACAGACGAGGACAACAGGAACGGCAGUAAAGACGGUGUGUGUGGAAAGAAUAUUUUCCAGCUGCUGAGGAACAGAAGAGAUGACGGGACAUAGGAAGGGAGGUCACCUGACCUGACUCGUGGCUCGGCGGCGCUUAACGUACGCGGACAUCUUUACACUCCAUUAACGACAACACCGAAGCCUCUCCCUGCAGACGGACCCGAACUCCUGAAUCCGGCACGUCGUCACCGCAUCAGUCCGAGAAUUUAGACUCGGGACUGAUUCAUGCUAGCUUUCCCCGCCUGACGGGGACUCAAAGGGGCGUUUGGUGUGCCACCGAGGAGCAUUUAAGCGUCACGGAGGAAACGACGAACUGAGUUAUUGGUGCACUAGAGAGAGGCCGCUGCCUAGCAGGAGGAGCUGUUUGUGUCCAGCUGACAAAGCAGAGCGACACCCCGAUCAGGAAGCCACAGCCAAAUCAGGUCACGCGUUUAGUUUUCCAUCUAUCCGGCAGAAAACGUUGAGUUUAUCUUUGUGAUCAGGAACAGAUUUACACUAAAGUUGCACUUUAUCCAACAUCAUAAAGCAUCCCAGCAGACUGUAAGAAGGCGCAGAACUGGAAGAUAUUUUUCACCCACUGAAGUGUGAUUCUUAAACUGCAGCGGUGUUCAGAGCCAUAGUUAAACAUGUAUGAACCUGUAGUGUUGUGUGAACCGCCCAUGCAGUGGGUAAGGGGGUGAUGUACCCAAAAUAAGCAGCAGGGGGCGCCCUCACUCUGCUGCUCCCUGCUGCACACUGAUUACUUUGUCUCUGGAAGCUCCCACAGGAUUUAUAUUAGGCCUGUAAUUCAAGUGGCUUCUUCACGCUGCAGCAUAGCUGCUGCUUCUCCACCGGCCCGCUGCUCGCUGCAGAUUCAGCCUAAAGAAGGACAACAUCUCUGCAGGAGGGAACAUUUCGUCUUCGUACGGGAAAACGCACUAAACACCUCUCGGAUCCCACAGCCGUAGCGCAAAAGCAGAAGUGUGUUUGUUUUCAUGUGAAGGUAAAUCAUUUCCAGGCAACUCCGGUGGAAAUGUUUCCGCCAACGACGACGUUCUGGGAUAAUAUUACAGCUGCGUGCUGUAGUCGAUGAUUACGUGAAGUAUUACUCAACGAUAUUCAGUUGAGAUCUUUUCUGACAUGAAGAUAUUAAAUAUAAAAACUAAGCAAGAGUUUAGUUGUUUGGAAGUGAGGUUGUUUAACCUGUGGUUGAUAGCUGGGUGAACAGCCUCCAUGUGAAGAAAUGGUUCUAAUUCUGAACAGAUUGACGUGCUAACGGCUAGUUCAAGAGCAAGGUCACUUCCUGCAGCGUUAAAGCAACUCCAGUCUCAAAGAUCUGUAGACUUAACUCUGCCUAAACAGCCCCAGGUUCCUACAGGUGCUUGAAGUCCUUGAAAAUGCUUGAAUUUAAUGUGGUAUAUUUCAGAGUUUACAUUUUUUUUAAUAAAGUGCUUGAAACUGG